AUGACCGCCCCAACAACCACCAUCCCCCCCGCGGCGGCGGAGGAGGGCACCACCACCCUCGCAAAGAUCAGCACCCUACGCCAAUCCCUCACGACCGAAACCACGCCCCUCCCGGUGCGCUUCCGCGCGCUCUUCUCGCUCAAGCACGUCGCCGCCACCCACGCCGCCGCGUCGGCGGAAUCGCUCGCGGCGAUCGAGGCGAUCGCGGCCGGGUUCGCGUCGCCGUCGGCGCUGCUGAAGCACGAGCUGGCGUACUGCCUGGGCCAGACGGCGAACGGGGCCGCGAUCCCCCACCUGACGGCCGUGCUGGAGGACACGGGCGAGGACGCCAUGUGCCGGCACGAGGCGGCCGAGGCGCUGGGCGCGCUGGGGGACGUCGCGAGUUUGGAGGUGCUGAAGCGGUUCAGGGAUCGCGAGGGGGAGGAGGUGGUGGUGACGGAGACGUGCGAGCUGGCGGUGGAGAGGAUCGAGUGGGAGAAUGGGGAGGGGAGGAGGGCGGAGAAGUUGAGGGCUAGUGACUUCUCCUCGGUCGAUCCCGCACCGCCUACGGCCCAGGGACAGGAGGAGCAGACGGUGGAGGAACUGGGCAACGCCCUGAUGGAUACAAGCCUGCCGCUUUUCAAGAGGUACCGCGCCAUGUUUGCCCUGCGCGACUUGGCGUCGCCGCCCGACCUUCCCACCGCCGUUCCUGCCGUUCUUGCCCUGGCCACGGGCCUCGCCGAUUCCUCCGCCCUAUUCCGCCACGAAAUUGCCUUUGUCUUCGGCCAACUAGCGCACCCGGCGUCCAUCCCUGCGCUCACCGCGGCCCUAAGCAACACUGAGGAGGCGAGUAUGGUCCGGCACGAGGCCGCUGAGGCGCUUGGCAGCCUGGGAGACGAGGAGGGCGUCGAGGAGACCCUUCUGAAGUUCUUGCACGAUAAGGAGGCGGUUGUCCGCGAGAGUGUAAUCGUGGCGUUGGAUAUGGCCGAGUACGAGAAGAGCAACGAAACCGAGUAUGCGCUGAUUCCGGAGGUCAGGGGGACUGCUUAA